GCUUUUAGCAUUAGAUAAUGAUUUGAAAGAUGUUGAAGAUGAUAAUAGUGAUUCAAGUUCUGCAACUGCAGAAAAUCAGAAAUAUUUGCAAUAUACAUAUCAACAAUUUAAACAACAAAUAAAAAGUACACAUGGUCGAGAUUGUGAUCAAAGUUAUAGUUAUAACAAAUUAUAG